AUGUCAAAUAGAUUUCAUAAUUAUUGAGUACAGCUUUCUUCAUGGAAUCCUUUUUUCCUAAUGAUGGUUGUAUUAACAAAUACAAAGCGAUAAUCUCAAGUUUCCCAAAAGAAAAAGGUUGGGAUACAAGGAAUUACAUGUACAAGUACCAAGGUUUUUGGUACUAUGAAUCAUUCGCGGAAGGAGUUAUGUCCGCUCAGGAACACUUCAAGGCUCAACCCAAUGAUAUAAUUGUAGCCAGUUGUCCAAAAACUGGCACAACAUGGCUCAAGGCUCUUACUUUUGCGAUUGUUACACGAGGUGUCUUUGAUGAUUCCACAAACCCUUUGCUCAAGAAGGUUCCACAUGAAUGUGUUCCAUUCUUGGAACUUGAUCUUGCAAAAGAUUCCAGAGAUCGUGACUCAGCAAUUCCACUUGUGGCUACACACGUUCCUUAUAUUUCUUUACCAAAAACAAUUCUUGAUUCUGGCUGUAAAAUUGUUUACGUUUGCAGGGAUCCAAAGGAUGUAUUUGUUUCUUUAUGGUACUUUGUGGCCAAGCAGCUGAUAUCCAAGAAUAUUGAACCAAUUCCUAAAGAAGAUGCAUUUGAAUUGUUCUGCAAAGGAACUGCGCAUUAUGGACCCUAUUGGGAUCAUGUGUUAGGAUAUUGGAAGGCAAGCGUAGAAUAUCCUGACAAGGUGCUCUUCUUGAAAUAUGAAGAAAUGAAGAAAGACCCAAGUUUUUACGUCAAGAAAUUAGCACAGUUCAUGGGCUAUCCUUUUAGCUUGGAGGAAGAGGAAAAAGGGGUUAUGCAAAAGGUUACAAACAUGUGUAGCUUUGAGAAUCUGAGCAAUCUUGAGGUGAAUAAAAGUGGCGGGCAUAGAGAGAACACAACAUUGGCGAUUCCAAAUCAUGUAUACUUCAGGAACGGCCAGGCAGGAGAUUGGGUCAAUCAUUUAACACCAGAAAUGGGAGCUCGCAUCGACAGGAUUUUUCAGCAGAAAUUAAGCGGUUCAGGUUUGACAUUAACGUCUCUUCCGGAUCAAGAUGCCUAGAUUACUCAUAUACAGAGACAAAAUCACUCUGUAUAGAAAAAGUCUUUUCCUAUGCCAAUAAGUUAGCGAAUGUAGCCACUGGACUUUAGGUGCUUCACAUUGUGUGAAACACCUGGUUUGUUUGUAUUUGUUUUUGUUUUUUUAAUCUUUUUUCUCUUUUUGGAUUCCCCACUUCAGUCUGUUCUUUGAAAAUGUAAUGCUUAGUUGAUGCAAGUUGAACAAUUGAAGUAAAUAAAUAAUGUAAGAGGUAGAUAUGGGCUCUAAUUUUAUUA